AUGAAGGACGACAGUCACAUAAUAGGAACUUUGGAAGUCAGAGAUGAUAUAUCUCAUGAGAGUAAGCUCUCACCUCUUGUUGAAGGUACAGUCAUUGGUGAGAUUGAGGGAAGUGGUAAAUACCGGCGGUCUUUCAAAACGAGACAUAUACAGAUUGUCGCUUUAGGGUCCAACAUAGGGUCUGGAAUUUUUAUUUCUACUGGUAAAGCUCUCCGUUAUGCAGGGCCAGGAAACAUGAUUAUUGGCUACAGCAUUGUUUGUUGUAUGGUUAUAUGUGUGCUGGACCUUAUCACUGAGAUGUCGAUUGUAUAUCCGUCAAGUGGAAAUUUCAUUGACUUCACCGAACGCUUUUUGGAUCCAGCAGCUGCCUUUGCACUUGGUCUGGGGGAGUGGCUUGCAUGGACUACAGUCAUGGCCUCAGAAGGCUCAGCUACAACAACGCUUAUUAGCUACUGGACAGAUGCUGUUCCUGUUGCUGCAUGGAUGAGCAUAAUUGUGGUGGUCACAUUCGGAAUUCACUUGCUACCCAAUAUCUGGUUCGCAGAAUUUCAGUAUCUUACAUCGAUUUUGAAAAUGAUUAUGCUGGUAAUGAUCACAGUUACGUGUAUUGUGAUGUGCUCUGGAGGAGGACCAACUGGGACUGUCCACGGAGGAGAAUUCUGGGAUACCACAAAGUACGAUCUCUUCAAAAAUGGAGUGCGUGGAAUUUCUUAUUGUUGUCUGUAUUGUCUUUGGGGUGUGGGUGACCAGGUUUUUGUUGGCAUGCUGGCAGGCGAAGCUAGAUGCCCUCGCUUCAGCAUGCCUCGUACUGUCAAAAGCGCCGGGCUCCGAAUUUUAGGUUUCUUCAUGGUGCUUGUCUUAUUCAUCACACUUCUCGUUCCUGAAACAGACGAGAGACUUUACGGUACAGCGGGCUCUAUUGCUAGUUCCCCAUUUAUCAUUGCAAUGAACGACGCAGGUAUAAAAGUGCUACCAGACUUUAUAAAUGCGCUCAUGGCCAUAUUUCUCAUUCUUGGAGGUCUCGAACCUAUAUACAUAGCGUCCAGAUGCAUGAGACACCUUGCGGUCCGAGGAAUGCUACCCAGAUUGCUGGCUAAGGUAGACAACAAAGGAAGACCUUUAUGGUCUUUAGGGGUUACGUGCGUUUUUACCAUUGCUUUCACUUAUAUGAACUGUGCCAGUACUGGUGCUACGGUUUUUACGUGGUUUUCCUCCAUUACAACCACAAUUUUUAUGGUGGUGUGGCUUGUAAUGGGUAUCGUAUCAAUCAGAUUUAGGAUGGCAGUCAAAAAGCAAAAAUCGUCAAUUCUUGAUACCACGUUUUCAUACAAGUCCAAACUCUUUCCUGUGGGUCCAAUAUUUGUGUCACUUGGCUCAUUUCUCAUUCUUUUGGGUUUAUUUUAUGCCUCACUCUUUCCCGCAGGAGGGACUCCAAAUGCUUACGACUUCUUUACAACCUACUUAGGCGUCCCAUUAGUUAUCGUUACUUAUCUUGGCUACAAACUGGUUUUCAAAACAAGAUUUGCGAGAUCCGCUACAAUAGACUUAUUGGAAGGGUACAGACCUCUCACAGACGUGGAAGUAAAAAUAAUGGAGACGUACACUUCCAUGCCAUGGUACAGAAGGAUGUGGACAUAUAUCAAUGUGAUUGACGAGAAAGAUUUGACAUGA